AUGGCGCUGUCUUUCCUUCUUGUGAUUUUCUCACUCUUGUUGUCGUUUGCCAGGGCAGGCACUCGGGUGUACAAUUUCACCGUUGGCUGGGUUCUCGCAAAUCCCGAUGGACAGUUGGACCGGCCAACCAUUGGCAUCAAUGGACAAUGGCCACUUCCUCGAAUCGAAGCCACUGUUGGUGACAGAGUGAUUGUAAAUGUGAAGAACGACCUAGGCAACCAGUCGACUUCGCUCCACUUCCACGGUCUCUACAUGAACGGCACCACCCACAUGGAUGGCGUUGGAGGUGUCACCCAAUGCCCCAUACCGCCAGGGUCCAGUUUCCAAUAUGAUUUCAACAUCACCCAAGCAGGCACGUACUGGUACCAUUCGCACGUCAGCAGCCAGUAUCCUGACGGACUGCGCGGCCCUCUCGUCAUUCAUGACCCCGAGAGCCCAUACGCCGAUCUGUACGACGAAGAGUUGGUCUUGACACUCUCUGACUGGUACCAUGCGUCAAUGUCCGACCUAGUCAAAAAGUUCAUGAGCGUGACCAAUCCUACGGGAGCAGAGCCUGGCAAGUUCACCUGGUUUCAAUAUACGGAUCCAUUCUCGGCAUUGAUGAAUGACACACAAAAUCUAAAGAUCUCCAUCAAACCGGGCCGGACAUACUUUCUGCGCAUCAUCAACAUGGCAGCAUUUGCCGCCCAGUAUUUCUGGAUUGAAGGCCACACGUUUCGCAUCAUCGAGGUCGACGGCAUUUAUCACGAGCCCGCCGAAGCCAGCAUGCUCUACUUGACCGCUGGCCAGCGGUAUGGGGUGCUUCUGACGACCCUGAACGAAACGGACAGCAACUAUGCCAUUGUGGGCUCUAUGGACCAAGACCUGUUCGACCAGAUCCCGCCUGGCCUGAACCCGAAUGUCACUUCGUUUCUGGUUUAUGACGAGUCCAAGCCCGUGCCGACACCGAAAGAAAUCGAGUCGUUCGAGCCCUUCGACGACAUGCAUCUGGUCCCCACCGACGGCGAAGAACCGUACGAGGAUCCUGACCUGGUCGUACAACUUGACGUGGUCAUGGACAAUUUGGGCGAUGGCGCGAAUUACGCCUUCUUCAGCGGCAUCACGUACGUCCAGCCUAAAGUGCCCAGUCUCUACACCGCCCUGACGACAGGCGACCUGGCCGCCGACCCAACCGUGUACGGGGUCAAUACGCAACCACAUGUGCUGGGCCACAACGACAUCAUUGAGAUCGUCCUCAACAACCGAGACGACGGCAAACAUCCGUUCCACUUGCACGGCCACGCCUUCCAGGCCGUUGUCCGCAGCAACGAAAGUGCCGGCGACUACGAUUCCGCACUUGUCCUUAAUGGUACCGUCCAGCUCCCGCGCCAGCCCAUGAAGCGGGACACCCUGCUCGUCAGGCCCAACGGACAUGCCGUCAUGCGCUUCAGGAGCGAUAAUCCCGGAGUGUGGUUGUUCCAUUGCCAUAUCGAGUGGCACGUCGAGUCGGGUUUGAUCAUGACUUUUGUCGAGAGCCCCUUGACACUCCAGCGCACCAUCUCCAUCCCAGCCGACCACCUCUCCGCCUGCACCGCCACGGACCCCGCCUGGCCGACCGCCGGCAACGCCGCCGGCAGAACCGAAUCUCUUCUCGACCUAUCCGACGCCCCGAAACCGCCCGCCCCCUUACCCGACGGGUUCACCACCAAGGGAAUUGUCGCCAUGGCCUUCAGUAUCCUCGCCGGCUUGUUAGGCACGGGUGUGGUCGCGUGGUACGGCAUGAGCGAAAUGGCCGAUCUCGCUCGUGAGCAGGAGCGGGUAAGCGUUGCCGAGGAGGCUGAGAAUGCACCUGACACGGAUACGGAUACGGAUGCGCAAGUCUUGAGUCGCACCAACACCGAAGCCAGUCAGAGUACGCCCCUGCUAGGAGUUCACGACCGAGCCGAGCAAUAUCGAUAA